CAUGUGCUAGCAUUUUGUCAAUAUCUCAAUACAUAUUACAUUCUCCAAAGUCCUUAAAAAAAUGUCAAACAAAUGAACAAUAGUAGACAUUGGACCCAUCAAUACCUCUCUUUACUUUACACUCCCUCCUAAAACAAAUUUCAACAUAUUUAUCUACCUCUCCUACUACUUCUAGCACUACUAUAACCAAACCAAACACUUACUGCCAAGCUCACUCAUUUCACUCACUACCCUCCAAUGGCUACCUUCUUCUGCAACUUCAUCACCAUUUUCUCUCUCCUCUUCACCAUCAUUAACUCCUCUUCAACAUCCUCUGAAUCUGACAUUCUUCUCUCUUUCAAAUCCACCAUUAAAGACCCUUCCAAUUUCCUUGCUUCUUGGUCCAAUACUUCACUUUCUCAUUACUGCAACUGGACUGGCAUCAUUUGCUCCAAUAAUAGUCCCUCUGUCACUUCAAUCAAUCUUCAAAGUUUCAAUCUUUCUGGUGAACUUUCCCCUGUAAUCUGUCAACUUCCUAGUCUUUCUUCCUUUAAUCUUGCUGAUAAUCUCUUUAAUCAACCAAUCCCACUUCACUUUUCUGACUGUGAUUCUUUGGUAAGCCUUAAUCUUAGCAGUAAUCUCAUUUGGGGUACUAUCCCAGAACAGAUUUCCCAGUUCUCUUCUUUGGAAGAGAUUGAUUUUAGCAAGAAUCAUAUUGAGGGUAAAAUCCCAGAAAAUAUUGGGUUGUUAAAAAAGUUGCAAGUUCUUAACUUUGGUAACAAUUUACUCUCUGGUAAUCUUCCUGGUGUUUUUGGGAACUUCAGUAAUCUUGUUGUUCUUGAUUUGUCUGAGAAUCCCUUUUUAGUGAGUAAGAUUCCUAGUGAAAUUGGUGAUCUGAAAAGGCUUGAGCAGAUUCUUCUGCAAAAUUCUGGGUUUUUUGGUGACUUUCCUGAAACCUUUUUAGGAUUAAGUAGCUUAAAAGUGCUUGAUCUUUCUCAAAAUAAUCUAACAGGUGAGCUUCCCAAGAAACUUGGUGCUUCAUUUGUAAAUUUGGUGUCUUUUGAUGUUUCAGUAAACAAGCUUAGUGGGCCAUUUCCAAAUGGGAUAUGUAGUGGAAAAACCCUAACAAGCCUUAGUCUUCACACUAAUCACUUUACUGGGUUAUUGCCUGAAAGUGUCAACCAAUGCAUUAAUCUUGAAAGAUUUCAAGUGCAGAAUAAUGGGUUUUCUGGGAAUUUCCCAAAUGGGUUAUGGUCAUUGCCUAAGAUUAUGCUAAUUAGAGGUGAAAAUAAUAGAUUUUCUGGUGAAAUUCCUGAGAUUAUAUCAACUGCUAUCAAAUUAGAGCAAGUUCAGAUUGAUAAUAACAGUUUUACUGGUAGUAUUCCUAAAGGUCUUGGGUCAGUAAAGAGUUUGUACAGAUUUUCUGCUUCAAAUAACCAUUUAUUUGGUGGACUUCCUCAUAAUUUUUGUGAUUCUCCUGUUAUGAGUAUUAUAAAUCUUUCUCAGAAUUUGCUUUCUGGUAAAAUUCCUGAGGUGAAGAAGUGUAGGAAGCUUGUAUCAUUGUCUCUUGCUGAUAACAGUUUCGUUGGCGAAAUCCCACAUUCACUUGGGCAAUUACCUGUGUUAACUUACCUUGAUCUUUCUGGUAAUAAUCUCACUGGUUCAAUCCCAGAAGAGCUUCAGAACUUGAAGCUGGCAUUGUUCAAUGUUUCCUAUAAUCGAUUGUCGGGGAGGGUACCUUUCUUGUUAGUAACAGGCCUCCCUGCAUCAUAUUUGCAAGGAAAUCCUGGUCUUUGUGGUCCGGGGUUGCCUAAAUCUUGUUCAGAUGAAGGGGAAAAGCACCGAAAUGCCGGUCUUACUAGAAUGGGUUAUGCUCUUGUAUCUGUAGCUCUAGCAAGUGCUGUGAUCAUGGCUGUUUUCGCGCUUUUCUUGAUUCAUCGUCGUGCUAAAAACAAAUCUGAAAUGGGUGUUUGGCAUUCGGUUUUCUUCUAUCCUUUGAGGAUUUCUGAACAGGAUUUGGUUAUGUCAAUCAAUGAGAAAACUGCAGUAGGCAGUGGUGGAACUUUUGGGACAGUUCAUAUCAUAAGCUUACCAAGUAGUGAGCUUAUUGCUGUGAAAAAGCUGGUAAAUUCUGGUAGCCAAUCAACAAAAUCUUUGAAAGGCGAAAUCAAAACAUUAGCAAAAAUCAGGCAUAAGAACAUUGUGAAAAUCCUUGGCUUCUGUUGCACAGAAGAUUCAAUCUUUCUCAUUUAUGAGUACUUGUCAAAGGGAAGCUUAGGCGAUAUACUUGGCAGGCCGAACUUACAGAUGCAGUGGAAUGUUAGGUUGAGAAUUGCAAUUGGGGUUGCUCAAGGAUUAGCAUAUCUUCACAAUGAUUACUCUCCUCAUCUACUGCACAGAGAUGUGAAAUCAGCCAAUAUUCUUUUGGAUGCUGAUUUCGAGCCCAAGAUUACAGAUUUCGCUCUUGACAGGAUCGUGGGUGAUUCUUUAUUCCAGUCUACUUUGUCCUUUGAAUCUCCAUUUUCAUGUCAUGUAGCACCAGAAUGUAAAUACAACAAGAAAGCGACUGAACAAAUGGAUGUGUACAAUUUCGGCGUGGUGCUGUUAGAACUAGUGACUGGAAGGCAAGCAGCAGGAUUAAUAGAUUCAGAAGAAUCAUCACUUGAUAUAGUGAAGUGGGUUCGAAGGAAGAUCAACAUUGCUAAUGGGUCUGAUCAUGUUCUUGACCCUAGAAUAUCAGUUACCUCCAAAGAAGAGAUGCUUGGUGCUCUAGACCUUGGUAUCCAAUGCACUAGUGUAAUGCCUGAAAAAAGGCCCUCAAUGACUGAGGUUGUAAGGGCCCUUCAAACUCUUGGCUCCAAAUCUAGCUCUCGACGUCUACCAUUUACCUCAUCCUCCUCUACUGACGGGUCACUUCCAGUUUGAGAAAUUAACAGCAGCUAUGACAAAGUGUCAAAUUUUAAGUAAUGUUAUGUAAAUCGAGCUCGAUUUACUUGCUGCUUUCUUUAGUACUUCUUGCUAAGCUCCUCACUUUUCUGAUUUUGGAGGGGUGCUCUGUAUGAGCUUGUACCUAUAGUAGUAUAUACUGGUUUGCGAUUUUUUGAUGGGUUUGAAUACAAGUUACAGUUAUACCUA